GUUUUGCUUUUAACCUCACCGUUUUGUUUCCUCUUGUUUGUUUAUUCAGAAUAUUUUGUUUCAACAGAUAGAUCCUCUAUCUUUCACUUUUCAGAUUUCACAUUUCAAUGCCCCAAACCCGAAAAUCCAACAAAAUCAACUCACUCCCCUUCACUUCUCCCACGUAAACACAUCAACAAACCUCAAUUCCAUAGCUCCUUUUUCCCUCCUUCCUUUCCUUUCCCUCCCCUUUGGAUCUGAUUUUCUCUCCGUUUCCUUCACUCCAAACACCAUUGGCCCUUUCCUUCUUUUGAUCCAAUCCCAAACCCAAACUUUUUUUUUUUUUUUGGUUUCUUUUUUAUGGUUUUGUCCAAUUUGAAAUGGGAAUGCUCGUAAAGGAAGCAUGACCAAAAACCCCAUUGGCAGCAACAACAACCAGAACGACGACGAUUCGACCCAAGUAGGAGAAGAAAAAGAAGAAAACAAAGGCCAAGAAGAAGAAGAAGAGUGUUUUUACGAAUCCCUUGAUCGCAUUGUUUCUUCUAAUUCUUGUUCUUGUUCUAACUCAACUUCUCCUUCUUCUGACUCUGACUCCGACCCAAUUACCAGUUCCAGCAAUGCCCACCACCCAUUUCCCGUCCCUAAAUUCCCUAUGGCUGUUUCCAAGUUCGACAUCUGGAUCUCCGAACCCGCCUCUGUUUCCGAAAGGAGAACGCGGCUGCUCCAUGAGAUGGGGCUUAGCAGGGAUCCGGGUCUUUCCCGGACAAGACCCGGGUCAGAAACGGAAGUGGGUACAGGUGGUGGAGGAGGAGUGGAGUUUGGAAGAAGAUCAGUUUCGUCGGAUUGGUUGCUGAAUAUGGGGUUGGAGAAGCAAGAUCGUGGAGAGGAACGGGAAAGUAGUUCUUCUGGAAUUGUACGAUCGAAAUCAGAUGGUGAUGCAAGUCGCGAUGGUGAUUACAAUGAUGUUGCUGUUUCUUCUUCUCCUAGUUUAUCUGUUUGUCCGAAUUCAUCUUCUUCGAUUCCUUUUGUUGGUUUAUGUUCUGUAAAUAAUAAUAAUAAUAACAAUAGUGAAUGUGAUCAUAUUAAUCCCACGGCUGCCAACUUAAGAAGCUGUGAAAGUAAUGAAUCUACGUGCAAUAAGCCGCCCACGGGGCCGAGUAGUAAGAGUUUCAAUGGGGAACUUGGUUUUAAAUCAUUUGGUGGUGGAGAGGUUGUGAUGGAAGAUGAGAUGGUUUGUAGUGAACAAGUGUGUACUAUUAAGAAUCUUGAUGAUGGGAAAGAGUUUGUGGUGAAUGAGAUUAGAGAAGAUGGGACGUGGAACAAGUUGAAGGAAGUUGGGACCGGGAGGCAGUUGACCAUGGAGGAGUUCGAGAUUUGUGUUGGACAUUCUCCGAUUGUUCAAGAGUUGAUGAGGAGGCAGAAUGUAGAGGAGGGUAAUAAGGAUAAUUCGGAUAUGAAUGUGAAUGGUGGUGGUGUUGGUGUUUCCAAGUUGAAGAAGAAAGGGAGUUGGUUUAAGAGCAUAAAGAGCGUUGCAAGUAGUGUGAAGGGUCAUAAGGAAAGACGAAGUAUUGAUGAGAGGGAUACAUCGUCGGAUAAGGGUGGAAGGAGAUCGAGUUCUGCGACAGAUGACAGCCAGGAUGUUUCCUUUCAUGGGCCGGAGAGAGUGAGGGUAAAACAGUAUGGAAAGUCAUGUAAAGAACUCACUGCUCUUUACAAGAGUCAAGAGUUACAAGCACAUACUGGGUCUAUUUGGAGUAUUAAGUUUAGUUUGGAUGGAAAAUACCUUGCUAGCGCAGGUGAGGAUUGUGAAAUUCAUGUAUGGAAGGUAGUCGAGUCAGAGAGGAAGGGAGAGUUAUUGAUGGAAAAGCAGGAAGAUGGGAAUUUGAACUUUUUGGUUGUUGCUAAUGGAUCUCCAGAACCAACUCUGUUGUCCCCAAGUGCAGAUCACCAUCCUGAGAAGAAGAAAAGAGGAAGGUCAUCCAUAAGCCGGAAGUCAUUGAGCCUGGACCAUUUUGUGGUGCCAGAAAUUGUUUUUGGGCUUUCAGAUAAACCUUUUUGUUCUUUUCAAGGACAUUCGGAUGAUGUGCUCGACCUCUCAUGGUCCAAAUCUCAGCAAUUGCUCUCAUCUUCAAUGGACAAGACUGUGAGGCUUUGGGACUUGAUUAGCAAGACUUGUUUGAGAAUAUUUUCACACAGUGAUUAUGUAACCUGCAUCCAGUUUAAUCCAGUUGAUGAUAGAUACUUCAUUAGUGGAUCCCUAGAUGCUAAAGUUCGCAUAUGGAGCAUUCCUGAUCGUCAAGUCGUUGAUUGGAAUGAUCUGCAUGAAAUGGUCACUGCUGCGUGUUAUACACCUGAUGGCCAGGGUGCACUAGUUGGCUCAUACAAAGGAAGCUGCCGUUUAUACAAUACUUCUGAGAACAAGUUACAACCAAAAAGUCAAAUCAAUUUGCAGAAUAAAAAGAAGAAAUCUCAUCAAAAGAAAAUUACAGGUUUCCAGUUUGCACCUGGAAGUUCAUCAGAAGUACUCAUCACAUCUGCAGAUUCACGAAUUCGGGUUGUUGAUGGUGGUGAUCUAAUUCACAAGUUUAAAGGAUUUCGGAACAUGAACAGCCAAAUCUCGGGUGCUGUUACGGCAAAUGGAAAAUAUGUUGUCUCUGCUAGUGAGGACUCUUACGUUUAUGUGUGGAAACACGAAGCAGAAUCCCAGCCUAGCAGAAAUAAAGGGGUCACUGUGACACACUCUUAUGAACAUUUUCACUGUAAAGAUGUAUCAGUGGCCAUCCCUUGGCCGGGCAUGGGUGACACAUGGGGACUACGAGAUACACAAUUGAAUGAUCAAAAUUGUUUCGAUGACAAUAUUGAUGAAGUUUCAACAGCCAAUCAUCCUCCUACACCCAUUGAGGAGUAUAGUGGAAACGAGGGUUCAUUAUCAGCAUCCGGGUGCAGCAAUAGCCCUCUCCAUGGAACCAUUUCUAGUUUAACCAAUAGCUACUUCUUUGACAGAAUCUCAGCUACAUGGCCAGAGGAAAAACUUCUUCUGGCAACUAGGACCAGGAGCCCCAGGGCCAGUAUGGAUUUUUCCUAUGGGGUUAACCCAAACAUGUCGGCCUGGGGUAUGGUGAUUGUGACUGCUGGUCUUCAAGGAAAGAUUAGAACUUUCCAAAAUUUUGGAUUGCCGGUUCGGAUUUGAGGGGCCAAAAGAAUGGUGGUAGGGAACCUCAGGUUCAGGUACAAUCCAUUUCCUCCCCUUUGGUUAAAUUGUGUACAGAGAGAUAUUGGUUGAGAUUUGUAAUAUUAGCUAGUUUCAUUUCUUUCUUUGUGCCUGUGCUCAUUGGCUGUAGGGGAAUGAGAAGCCACUCCAGUUGAGCACUGAGCAAAAUAUAGAUUUGUUCAGAAAAAAAAAAAAAAAGAACUACACCUUGAAUUUAGAAACCGAUGUAUUUCUGAUAUCGGUAAUUGUAGAGCUAAGAUCAUGGCGAAAGCUUAUUGAAUUGAAAAUGAAAU